AUGAACUAUUCUCUUUUGGUGGCACCCAAAAAGUAUGACCCACAGACAGAGGACCUGACAACGGAGCUCUAUCGCAUGCGCGGCAUGCUUCGCGCUGGGAAGGCACGGGAUCUCUGCCUUCGCGUUUCGUUGGGAUGGCUGGAGGUGAAACAGCUCAGCCGAAUCCGGACCUCCUUGGCUGAGCUGGAGGCCACGGCGAAGGAGCUUUUCGAGAGCGGCCGUCUGCUGCAGCAGCUGCCCACCCUGGAUGCGGCGCUCCAAGCGGCGGAGCAACGGCUGAAGACGGAACGGAGCAACGAAGGUCAGGAGCUGUACUUCAUGGCGCGCUUGUUGCGUGGCACCAUCCAUCAACAAGGCUUGGCACUGGAUGAUGAAGCAGUGGAAAAGAUGGUGAAUGCAUACACUCUGUCAAAUGCCCAUUUCUGGGAGGACUAUUACAGCACCGUGGAUGCAGAGCGUUUCGACUGGUAUGGCACAUGGGACACUGACAUCACUUGGGACGGCGGUGGAACAUCCUCCAUGGGGUCAGUCCUUCGUCCCUUCCUCCGCGCGGACGCCGAGAUGCUGAUGGUCGGCUGCGGACGCUCGGAGAUGUCGCAGCAGAUGUACCGUGAAGGCUUCCAGCGUAUCACCAACAUCGACAUCAGCCGUCCGCUGCUGGAGCGUCUUCAGAGGAAGUUGGGCGAAGAGAUGCCGUUGAUGUCCUGGCGCUGGAUGAACGCCUCAUCCUUACUGUUGCCUGAUGGCAGCAUGGAUGUCGUCAUCGAGAAGGGCACCUUGGAUUCCCUUCAGGACAACCUUCCACUCUUCAAGGCAGCUGUGCGAGAAAUGCAUCGGGUACUACGGACAGGAGAAGUGCUGAUUUCCAUCACCGAUGCAGAUCGUCUCUCCGAGCUUCAAAGUCUGGCGCCAUUUCGCUGUCAAGGCUUUGCAGGACAGGUGGCCCAUCAGAAACGUUUGCAGCUGUAUGUUUGUCACAAGUCCGUCUCCCUGUGGGACGAGUUGACGUCCUGGUUCAAGUUGGAGCUCUGA